AUGAGAAGUUUUCUCCAUCGUGCUGUGAGACUGAAAUACAGCACUCGAGCAGCAAACAAGAGGCCAGAGGAAUCAGCAUGUGUCAGUCAGAGGGUUUGUCUCCGCGUUCUCUGCGGAGUUUUAUUCGCCAGCAGAGUCAGGAUUUUAACAACACAUCUGGUAUAGCAGCAGGAUAUCAACAGGCUAACGUGGUGAUCUUGCACAAGGAUCUUGCUGAUGACUUUGAGGCGUUUUGUCGGGCUAACAGCAGCCCGCUCCCUCUGCUGUACAGGAGCAAAUGUGGAGAAUGGAGCUGCUCCCUCGCCACAGGAUCUGACAUCAGGGAGGAUUGUCCAGAGUACUGUGUGUUUGAGAAAGGCAAGCUAAUGAAGAAGAUCGCUAGUUUAUCCUCCUACACUCCUCAACUUGCGGACAUGGUCACGUUCUACCUCGGCUGCAGUUUUGGCUUUGAAGCAGCCUUGAUGGCCGCCGGGGUUCCAGUGAGAAAUGUGGAACAGGGAAAAAAUGUCAGUAUGUACAAGACAUCAGUGCCUUGUAUUAGAGCAGGUCGGUUUGAUUGUCCGAUGGUGGUGAGCAUGAGACCUGUACCAGAAGACAAACUGGAUGCUGCGGCUCAAUGCACACACGCAAUCCCACUGGCACAUGGAGGCCCUGUCCAUAUUGGACACCCUAAGCUGCUGGGCAUCCAUGACUUGUCACGACCAGACUAUGGGGACCCAGUGGAAGUGUGUUCUGGUGAUGUGCCUGUGUUCUGGGCCUGUGGGGUCACCGGUGUUGAGGCUGUACAGAACUGCAAGCCCGCUCUAGCGUUCACACACUCUCCUGGCUGCAUGUUCAUCACUGAUCAAAAGGCAGAAACUGUUUCACCCCUCACACUUGAGCCAGCACAAUGCCCUUUGACAAUCUGCAUUUCCCAGAAUCCUCAGCUUUACAGUAUGACUAGCAAAAGAGCUGUUCAACAGAUUCGAGCAAUCGAGGAGCUCGUUAUAGAAGACCCAGGUGCAAGAGGUAUUCGGGCCCUGUUCUUGCAGGACGAGCUCCUAAAGGCCUGUCUCUCUCUGUCCCAUUCCUCCUCUGUUCUCAUCACUACUGGAUUCCCCACACACUACAUGCACACCCCCCCUGAAGAGACUGAUGGGCCGCCCGGGGCCAUCGCCAUGGCAGCUAUGCUUCAGGCACUCCGCAAAAAGGUGGUCAUCGUGACGGAUGAGCGGGCUUUGGAGAUGAACCAGCUCAUCAUGCAGGAUGCUGUGAAGAAAGGUGUGAUAAAGACUCCAGUUCCCGUAAUAAGUUUCCAGAGUAAAGGUCCUGACUCAGCACUUCACUUCCUAUGCCAUGAUGGAGAUCCCACAAAGCCCAGGUUCGACCACUUGGUGGCAAUAGAGCGCUGCGGCCGGGCUGCAGACGGGAACUACUACAACAUGAGAGGGGUGAACAUCAGGCAUUUGGUCGACUCAAUAGACGAUCUCUUCACCACUGCCAGCACUAUUGAAGGAAUCACUACCACUGGGAUCGGAGAUGGUGGUAAUGAGCUUGGUAUGGGUAAAGUCAAAGCAGCAGUUAAAGCAUACAUGCCUAAUGGGAACCUGAUAGCAUGUGACGUGGCUGCUGAUUUUGCCAUCACAGCAGGAGUGUCCAACUGGGGUGGCUAUGCUGUCGCCUGUGCGCUGUAUGUUCUGAAUCUUUGUCCAUUGCACUGGCGGUACCUCCAGAGAGGUUUGGUUUUGUCACCCACACCUGAUCAACGAAGCCUGUGGUCUGCCUGCCUGCCCACCAUAGCCAAGGAGGAAGACAUGCUCCACAUUUUGGUGAGAUAUGGUGUCCGCAGUGGUAAAACGGCAAACCUGGGACUGGAGGUGGACGGAUUGACCUUUCAUCCACACCAUUCUGACAUCAUACAGCGUCUUAGAAAUCUCACUCUUGCCUAAUAUCAAUGUGUAAUCUCAACCACAGGAGUGGAUACAGAUCUGUGGGCAAUGUUUAAUUAACCCUUAUGUGCUGUUGUGGCUGUUUUCAGUCACUAUGGGGUAUUUUUGAGUCUUAAUUUGGCCAUAACUUUUUCUGUGUUUCAGCAAAUUGAAUGAUUUUUGGUGACAAAUCUUAUUUUUACACAAAUUUUGGGAAAUGCUUUGAAAUUUCUCAAAAACUCAACAGUACACUCUGGGCAAAUUCACUACCCUUUUCGUUAUGUUCGUGGGUGAAAACAGCCACUACUUUAACCUGCUGUAAAAAUGUAUUAGAUAAAUAUUUUUUUCACAUUUUUUUUGCAUAAAUCUAUUAAUCAACCUCAGUCUUGAUCAAAACUACUAAAUGUUUUAAAAAAUUCAGGAUUUUAACUCUUUAAUUGCCAAAUUCAUGAAUGAUGUCACU